AAAAAAAAUAGCACUAAGGGGGCCGGAGCGCGGGGGGGCCGUGGGCGCGUGCCAAGGGAGGAGGGCAGGACGGACGGACGGACGGCGCAGGCCGGCCCCGCAGCAGCCGCCCCAGUGCUCACCAGGACGGCACCCGCCCGCCAGCACCCUCACCCCCACCCCGGGGUGCCCCGCUCUGCUUUUUUUCGGGGGGGGCCAGGGGGAUUACACACAACGACACCCAGGACACCCCGACACUGGCUCCCCCCUCCCCGCACCGGCCAUGGGCAUCCAGGGCAUGGAGCUGUGCGCCGUGGCCGUGGUCAUCCUCCUCUUCAUCGCCGUCCUCAAGCAGUUCGGCAUCCUGGAGCCCAUCUCCGUGGAAGACGGCGGCGAUGCCGAGGUGGAGCUCUCGACCGUACGGCACCAACCCGAGGGGCUGGAGCAGCUGCUGGCGCAGACCAAGUUCACCAAGAAGGAGCUGCAAUCCCUCUACCGUGGCUUCAAGAACGAGUGUCCCAGCGGCCUUGUGGAUGAGGACACCUUCAAGCUCAUCUACUCGCAGUUCUUCCCCCAAGGCGACGCCAGCACCUACGCACACUUCUUGUUCGACGCCUUCGACGCCGACCACAACGGGGCUCUCUGCUUCCAGGAUUUUGUUGUCGGCCUCUCUGUCCUGCUGCGGGGGACGGUGCACCAGAAGCUGAAGUGGGCUUUCAACCUCUACGAUAUUAAUAAAGACGGCUACAUCACCAAGGAGGAAAUGCUGGAGAUCAUGAAGUCCAUCUACGACAUGAUGGGGCGCUGCACCCACCCCACCCUGAGGGACAGCGCGCCCGCCGAGCACGUGGAGCUGUUCUUCCAGAAGAUGGACAGGAACGGUGACGGCGUGGUGACCUUCGAGGAGUUCCUGGAGACGUGCCAGAAGGACGAUGACAUCAUGAGCUCCAUGCAGAUCUUUGAGAACGUGAUCUAGAACCCAGGCCUCGGCCCCGCUGGCACCUCUGCGAGCGGUCGAGGGGAACUUUUUUUCUACUAUUUCAGACAAAACGAG